AUGGCAGUCAAGGUAUUAAUUGCAGUUAUUCUAUUGGCUGUUGCUUACGCUCAACAUGACACUGGCUAUUCCGUUCCUUCUGAACCAAAGAAGCCCGGGAAGUACAGCUUCAACUACCAAGUGCAAGACGACCCGACCAAGAACGACUUCGGUCACCAGGAGGCCCGCGACGGCCCCGACACGCAGGGGUCGUACCAGGUGCAGCUUCCCGACGGCCGCCUGCAGAAGGUCUCCUACACCGUGAGCGUGGACUCCGGAUACGUGGCGGAUGUGAUGUACGAAGGGGAGGCUCAGUAUCCGGCCGAAGGCACCCCUGGGUAUGCCUGA